AAAAACACGGCGCGUGAACAACAAGCAUUUCGCCUGGACGACGAACAGAACGGACAACAUGACCGCACUUUUGAGCGUAAUCUUAUUUUGCCUCUGGGGCUCAAGCAUAUCUCAUCAGGAAGACACUCGAAGGACCUCGAAGUUGACAGAGGCGCCCGUUUCAAACAGAGCAAGUACGAGCUGUCUUUCAGAUGCUGACUGCAUCAGAAAUGAAUACUGUCACGAUUUUUAUCGAGUUUGUCUCCGGCAAAAAAGACAAGGAACGGCAGCGCCCGUGAGCAACUCUCGAAAGGGAUGCUCUGAGGAUUCGCACUGCAAGAUGACGGAGUACUGCCACAAUUUUUGGAAAAUAUGCCUCCCGGCCCAGGCCGUUCAGGUGAAACGGCCACCGACCCAGCGACCAUCGUGGUACUGCCGAACCUCCAAAGAUUGCCGAAUAACUGAACAAUGUCACAGGCGUUUCCACGCGUGUUACACGAGGCCCGCGAUGUCCACUGUUCGACGAGAUGUGGGGGGUUCUCGGAAAUGCGUGAAGACAAGCGAUUGUGGGCAAAACUUCUACUGCCAUGAUCAUUUUAAAAUUUGUCUCAAGAAUGUAACGACGGUCACAACGGUGGCAAAACCGAAAACAAAAACAACAAAACCCUGUGGUUCUGGUGCUCCAUGCCCGAACGGGAUGCUCUGUCAUAACUUCUGGAAUAUUUGCUACAUGCCCCCACAAGUUGUUACCACACCACCGAAAAACAAAACAAAGCAAUGCCAAAUUGACAGCGACUGUAGAUCUGGCGAGUUUUGUUACACCAUGACUAUAGGUCAGGUAGUCGCAAGACUACGGCGGAAUGUUCAAAGCGUCUGUCUGCCUAAGAAGUCUCCAAAGAAUAAGAAAGUUGCAGCAUGUAAAACAGACGCUGACUGUGGGCCUAAUAAAUGUUGUUUGGGAAAUCUUGGUGUGUGCAUGGCGUAUAAAUUGCCUGGAGAAAUGUGUCUCAUGGCGAAGAACGUCGACUUCGUGUGUCCUUGUACCAGUGGAUCGUAUUGCAAAACUAAACAGAAAUGGGUUUCCCCAAGAAGGAUCAUCAACAAGAUGAAACUACCUCAAAAAGCAGCGAACCAUCUCCUGAGACGAAUUAAUAGAAAGAAACAUAAAGCUGGCAAAUGUACGCCGUCAUCUUUCUGAGACGAAAGCACAAAGUGGUUGGAAAAGAAAUGUAAAUAGAUAUAUAACUUAUUCUCAUGCAAUACGUUCAGCCACCACCGCGAUGGAAAAGCGUCACAUGCAGAAGCGCGUUGGACGAUAACAUUAAUGUUUGCCUCAACGUCUUCAGCCUUUGCACCGACAUUCAAUAGACCUUCCUCAUGAUGACGUCGAACGCGGAAAGCCUAACGUUACACGAAAUUUGAUUGGCUCCUAAUUUUUGCGGAGCCAAUGAAACUUCCUGUAACUUUAAGCUUUCCUCGUUUGACGUUUUCACGAGAAAAGACUAUUCUCUGAAAAGUGUUUAUCACAUAUUCAGCACGCACAAUGGUGAAUAGAACCAUCUGUAUGUUUACUGUAUCAUAAAACAUUGUAGCUUAGACGAAAUCAAACCACUACUUUGCUGACGAUGGAUAACUUCUUUUGCAAGGAUUCUGAUUUGGUUUACAACAUUACGGCAAGGGUGCCUAUGCAUGGCUGUACUUAUAUUGAGCCUAUUUUCAGAUGUAUUUAAUUCGUAACUAACAUUUGAAUGUAGAUUAAAUCGCUAAUCAAUACUAUAUACAUAUUGUUGAAAUAUACAGUGAUACCUUGAUAAACUAUAUGCAACAUAUUGUACUGAUUUAUUGCAUUGUUUUGCGAUAACCAAUUUCUGUGUAAACCACUACGUGUUGGUAGAAUGCAUAUUAUAUAAAGAACUAUCGUUUGCAUGAAGAAUUCACUUCAUAUUUACUGAAAAAUUAU